CGAGCUUUGAGAGGCGAAAUGCACUCGGGACAUCAACGCAACGACGGUUAACAAUCGCCCAUCUUGUCCGUGGGGGAGGGCCCUUUUUUACUUUCAAUCUCCUCAUCCUACUCGCCCCUCUCCACUCCUUACCGAUAUUUCUAAACAUGCUAUCUUCAGCGAGGACAGGCGCCUCGCUAGCCCUGCGAGCGAGGCCAACAACCACCCAACUCAUCCCCUUCCGCGCCGCCGCCGCCAUCUCGUCGUCCUCUAGGAAGGAUGCCGCGACCGCAGUCCAGCCGCACGGCGGAUACGGCAUCGCCAAGCGCGAACGCAAGGAAGUCCCCCUUGCGAGCCAGGAACCCACCAAGGGUCUGGUCCAAUAUGCGCUCACAACACUCGACAUCAUGACCAACUGGGCGCGCCAGUCCUCCCUUUGGCCCAUGACCUUUGGGCUGGCGUGCUGCGCCGUUGAGAUGAUGCACCUGUCGACGCCACGCUACGACCAAGACAGGCUGGGCAUCAUCUUCCGUGCCUCCCCCCGCCAGUCCGACGUCAUGAUUGUCGCCGGCACCCUGACCAACAAGAUGGCGCCCGCCCUGCGCCAGGUCUAUGACCAGAUGCCCGAGCCGCGCUGGGUCAUUUCCAUGGGCUCUUGCGCAAACGGCGGCGGCUAUUAUCACUACAGUUACAGCGUCGUGCGUGGGUGUGACCGGAUUGUGCCCGUCGAUGUCUACGUCCCCGGCUGCCCGCCUACUAGCGAGGCGCUGAUGUACGGUAUCUUCCAGCUGCAGAGGAAGAUGCGGAACACCAAGAUCACGAGGAUGUGGUAUCGGAAGUAGAGAAUGGCAACAGGGCUUGCGGGAAAGGAAAUUGGGAAGGGAGGGAACGUAGUAACAUAUGGGAAUGCUGAUUUUGGUCGCGGCGCGUAUUAUCAUGGCGGUCUUUCGUCGUGGAUUGGGAGCUUGAGAGACUAACUGGAGUUGUUAGGUGGCGUCUCAGAGGAUUGUGCCCACUCAAUACCUUCUGACGUCUCUCUUGUUGACGCUGUACAUACGAUAUAGAACUGCCCGGGAACAAAAUGUUGCGGCGCACAGUAUGCUUAUCCCUAGGCUGAGCGCUCCGCCAACACCAUACUGGGAAUAGGAUUUGAACAGUCUUUUCUUGGGUCUGAUUGAAGGAGGUUGGCAACUAGAAGGGCAUAUGUUUGCAUGGACAUACUGCAGUCCGCACGCAGAGACAACAGGAUUACGCGGGUAUAAUGAAAUGCUUCCAUCCAGAUAUCAAUAGCUAUGAAGACGAUCCAGU